UUCUCCUCCCUCGGCUGGUUGGGUUGGUUGGUUGUAGCGUAGCCUCUGUCCUCUCUCCUCUCGGGGGUUCGGUCGUCGGUGAUGGAUAGGAAGGAGGGCGGGGAGAAGAUGGAGGAGGUGGAGGUGGGCGACGGCGGGAAGAAGCCGGAGGAGGGGACCAAGCCGGCGCCGGUGUGCUUCAAGAAGCCGGCGGGCGAGGACACCGGCAUCCUGGAGACCACCAAGGACUACUUCAAGCAGCUCGGGAACACCAGCGCCGACACGCACUGGGGCUGCAUCAAGAACAGGGUCCGCGCCGCCGGCGAGUACAUCUCCAACAAGACCAGCUCGGUGUUUGGCAGGCAGAAGGUGGAGCCUGAGGCCAAGGAGGAGACCCGGGGGGCGAAGCCAGAAGCAGCACCGGCGGCAGCUGAGUCUCAGUGAAGGCGUCCUGAGCUCGUGAUCGUCUUCCAUGAACCAACCUGAAGCUUCAUUCACUGAGAGUUGCGAGGUCUUAUCAGCCUAAGAGUUUUUCUUUUUCUCUUUGUCCUUCUGUUCGCCUAUCCAUCACCCGUUCCUAGCUGUGGAUCUUAGUCCGGUUGGUGCCGCCGUCAUUUGCGGUGCGUUUUGGUGACAUUUGUUUGUCCUAUCACCUAUGCUUCAUUUUGUCGUAUGGAAUGGAAGAUCAUAUGAUCAUGCAGCCUACUUCCUGUCGAGUUUAGUUGCUUCAGUGUAUCCUUUCAGCACUAAACUGGCUGAGUGUUCCGUUCUGAAUGGAGCCUUGGGCUUUGGACUGACAAUGCAAAGAUUUAAUGUAUUGAUUUGGUAGCCA